CUUUUCAACGAGCCACAGCCUCGUCGCCGCUUUACUGCGCUAGAACUUGAACGCCGAGCAGUCGCUCGUCUCCAGCAGCCGCUCGCGGACUCCGCCGAGCAGCCUGCGUGGCAGCGCGCGCCACAGACGCACAGCCGUCGAGAGACUCGGGGGAGGGGGCUGUCCGUCCGCCCGUGAGUCCGCCCGACAUACUUGCACGACAACACGGGCCGAUGUGCUUCGUGGAAAGUGCUGAAAGCUGAGAGAGCGACGCUGCGGACUUCAGUAGUGGGUGGGUGACAUGCCACCAUGGAGGCACAGAAUAACAACCAGCCCACAUUAGAUAACCACAACAAUCUCUACAAGAUCCCUGGUCAGGAGGAUCAGAAAAAUGUACCAAGCUGUAAAUUCUGCUGCACAGCAAACUUUCGGAUUGACAAGAAGAUCGGCCGCGGCCAGUUUAGUGAAGUCUACAAAGCCACAUACCUUCUGGAAGGACAGCUAGUUGCACUCAAGAAAGUCCAGAUCUUUGAGAUGCUGGAUGCCAAGGCUCGUCAAGACUGCAUCAAAGAGAUAGACUUACUAAAGCAGCUGAAUCACCCCAAUAUAAUCAAAUACAUAGAUUCUUUUAUUGAAGACAGUGAGCUCAACAUUGUGUUGGAGCUGGCGGAUGCUGGAGAUCUGUCCCAGAUGAUAAAGUACUUCAAGAAGAAGAGGCGACUCAUUCCAGAGAGGACGAUAUGGAAAUACUUUGUGCAGCUCUGCAGCGCUCUGGAGCACAUGCAUUCACGCAGAAUAAUGCACCGUGAUAUCAAACCAGCCAACGUGUUCAUAACAGCCACUGGUGAGGUGAAGCUGGGAGACCUGGGAUUAGGCCGCUUCUUCAGUUCUAAAACCACUGCAGCUCAUUCCUUAGUGGGGACGCCGUACUACAUGUCACCAGAAAGGAUCCAUGAGAAUGGAUACAAUUUUAAGUCGGAUAUCUGGUCCCUCGGGUGCCUUCUGUAUGAGAUGGCGGCGCUGCAGAGUCCGUUUUACGGAGACAAGAUGAACCUGCUCUCUCUCUGCCAGAAGAUCGAGCAGUGUGACUACCCUCCUCUUCCACCUGACCAUUACUCUGAGAAGCUUCGGAACCUAGUGAGCAUGUGCAUAAACCCGGACCCAGACCAGCGGCCUGACAUCGUCUUCGUGCUGCAGAUCGCCAAACAAAUGCACAUGUGGACUUCUAGCACUUGAGCAACACUUCUGCUCCCAAGCGCCUCUCCGCUCAGUCUGAGGACCCGAAACCACUGGAUGUGAGGUCUGGUCUUCAGAAGAACAUUUACUCUCAUCUUAACAAGAGCAAACCACAGAAGGACUGGGAAUGUGGAGCUAUGUCGUUUGGAAGUCCCACUGACUUCGACAGAGGGGGUGAAGAGAUGCGUUAAGAGUUGUAAAGUGGGUUUAACGAAGCCAUGCUUGUUCAUGUGUGAGAGCUCCUCCUUUUUAGCUUUAAGGGACAGAGCCUUGAUAUAGCUGUAAGCAUUCCAUGUUCAUACUCUACAGUAGGCUGGCUAAUAUAUAUUUGUCAUGUAAUCUUGUCAUAAGUUGUUUAUUUCUAGUACAUAAUUCAGAUGUUUAUGUAUUAACACUUAAACAUCAAAUGUUAUAAAAUGUUAACAAACAUAAUGAAAGCUAAAAAAUGCAUAGUAGCAGCUGAUCUGGGAUAUUUCUAUCGGAAGUUAUCUGUCUUCUGUUUUUCUCAGUAUAUUUUGGUUAUAGUGCAUAAAUUAUUUAGAGCAUCUUCAUCUCAUGAUUUUCAUUAAUUGAGUUAUCUCUGUUGUCAGUGAUGUUUACAGUUAUGGUUAUUCUAGUAUUGUUCACGUUCUCCUGUUAGCUCUGGUUUUGGUUUCUACCAGCUUCUGAGUCUGUCUGCAGUUGAUAUUAGUGCCUGUUUGAUGUUGCUUCAGUUGCCAGCUCAGGCAGAGAGUGGAGCUUGAUAGAUAAGGCACAGCUACAUAGUGCUUUCCUUCCUGCAAAUGCCUACGGUUUGUUAAUUAUGUUAUUGUUAUUAGAGGAAUGGUCUAAUGACGUAUUAUAGCCAGCAGGCUGUUCUCCAGGUCCCAACAUAACUGUUAGUCCUUACAUUAGUGAUCACAAUCGGACCUUCAGGCCAUCAUCCCUUCACAGCUACUUUGAUCUAAUUUCUUGCCUAGAUUUUUGAUGAGAACUACAAUUUCCUUGUUCUUAUUGUGUGUGAACUGUUGUCACUCCUGGAUUUUAUUCCUUCCAAACUGUUUAACCCAUUAUGAUCUAAUGGUAGUUUUGGUCUUUUUUUAUUUACCUAAAUAUUUUGCAUUUAAUGUAUAAUUUCAGUAUUGAUAUUAGAAUUUAGAAGGAAUGGAAGUAAACUGUGUUCUACAAAGAUUUAGAGCUUAAAUCAUCAUCAUUAACCCUUUGAAACUGAAGUAAUAGCUUGUUAUUAUGAAGUUAUUAUAUGUUGGAAUUUUUAUCAGUUAUUGACUUUGUACAUGUACAUGAAGACAGAGUGUUGGACUAGAAUGACGUGGUGUUUGCCAUGGCGGGGUGUUUAGUGUUCCAGAGGUGCUUCAGUUUAGUGUGAUGUACAGUUGUAAGAAGCAGUUUUUGAUGGUUUCAACCAUUACUGUGAAUGUGUAAACUCCAGGAAUUAGACUCUGUGAAAUUCUUUCUGAACGUUAAACAAGGGUGUGUUUCAAUUGCCAUUAUUUAACGAGCAUUUCUGCACAGUGCCUUAGUAAAACAAUGUUAUUGACAACUUGUAUGAUCGCCUAAUAAAUGUAUUACAAACUGUGA